CGAGGCAGAAACGUCCUGUAAGCGGAUUUUAGCGGCAAAUACUUUCGCAAUUGAAACCAAAAUGUGCGCAAAGUUGAUGAUAAUAACAACUGUUUAAUUCGCCGUUACAUUGAGAGUGGAGAGAUUGUAAACAAAUGUAAACACAAUUAAAUGCAAUUGCAAACGUAACAACACAAAUUGGCAGUCCGGCAACGUGCUAAUGCCACAACAAGUGUGAACGAGAUAGCGACAAGCGGUUCAGUAUAGUGAAUAGCGUGAUAAAAACAAAACAAAACAACAAAAAUUCCUCCGAUUGAGCAAGUGGAAUAGACGCCAACAUCAAAUGCCUAUAAAAUUUGUUGUAUAUAUUUAUUGUUAUUGCUUUGAAUAGUGUGUGCGGAUUCUCGUAAGGUUUUUGCGUUUCGCUAAAUCAAUAACAAAAAAAAAGCCCCGAAAACGGAAAAGUUGAUUUUUUGCCAAAGGGUGUGGACAUACACACGCACAACCACACAUCCACACACACAUACGCCCAGAAAGACUCUGCCGCCGUCGCCGCCCCCCUUACGACCCGACCAACCGGCUUCUCGAUUCAAAAACAUAAAAACAUAAGCGCAUUUUGCGGCAAAUGUGCAAAUAAACACACAGAGAGACAGCGAGAGAGAGAGAGAGCGACGGAGUGAGAGUAAAAGCAAGUAAAAGACAAAGCAUAGUGCAUCUUGCACCUCUUUGAGGCAAGUAGCAAGUUAUUGUUGUAUCCCAAAGAAGCGAAGACAGAAAGAAAACACAAAAAAACGAACCGGGUCAAAAGUUCGUAAGUCGUAUGUAUGUGCGGCAAGCGCUAGCCCACGCUAAUUCUUCUUGCCACAAUUCCUCAAGUGCAGCAAGACACAAGACAGAGACGCUGCGUCGCCGUCUCUGUCCAGACAAAAGGCAUUAGACAAAGUGCCAGUGCCGGCAAAACCGCUACCCGACCUACCCCACCCUCAGCCGACCCACCACCAGCAGCAGCAGCAGAAACAACAACAACAUUAAGUGCAACGGCCAGGCCUACAUAAAAGAAAAACCAACACACACACACACACAUACAUAUAUAUGUAUAUAUACAUCGUGAAAGCGAGACAAACUAGGCCAAUUCGCGAGAGGAAGACUAAACUAAAACAAAAUAACAAAGUUUCUGGGGCCAUUUGUCAAUGACUGGAAAACUCGCGUGACCUACCAAUUUUUGCUCCUGUGUGUCCUUUAUUUUUUGUUUUUUGUGUUGUUUGUUUGUGCCCGUGUCUGUGUGUGUUUAAGACAAAAAAAGUGCAAUAACUAAAAACAGACUCAUCCAAAAUAAUACAUGGACUAGAAUUAAAUUGUUCUUCCUUGAUCAAAAACCCAAAUGACCAAAAUUCCGUGUACAAACGUCGAGCAUAACACAGAAGCGGCGGCAGUCGACGAAGGCAUUUAAACCGGAAGGGAGAAAGAGGCAAGCAGACAGCAAGCGCGCGGUCUCCCAUCCAAAGAGCGAACCCCAGGCCAAGGCAGAGCCUUUUGUCUGUAUCUGGCAAUUGGCCAAGUUAAUAGAGAGCCGGGAGGCCCGAUAAUGACGUUGCUGCAGCUGCUCCUACUCAUGCUGAUGAUGACGCUGCUAACUUGGUUAUUGCUGCCAGUAUAAAAAGAAGGAGGCAACUGAAACCAAAACAGAAGCAGAGCAAAAAAAUAAAAGCACAAAGACAGAGACAGAGAGAUAACAAAAACCAAAAACAAAAGCUACAGCGCAACGCCCUCGCUUUGCUGUUGCCUUGUCAUCGCUCACGUUCCACGUUGCUCCACGUCCACGUCCACGUUCACGUCCAGAGCAGAGCAGGCUUACUGCAUUUCCGGUUGUUGUUCCUUUCGCCGUUGCCGCCGUCGUCGUCAUCGUCGUUGACGUCGACGUCGUCGUCGUCGUCGCCGUCUUCCCAUAGCCAUGCCACUCCACAUGGCGCACAGCAUCUGCGUGGCCUGGCUGCUGCUUCUCGUCGUGAUUGUGAUGAGCGAUAUGACAAAUGGCGGUGUGCAAGGACCCAUCGAGGGUUACAAUUCGUUGGAUGAGAUGAUGACAACAACAGCAUCAGGAUCACAAAGUCAGCAAGCCAUGAUGCUGCCCACCGCACCCACCGUUGGCUACACUCAUCCCAAAUGGAUGGAACCCUAUUUUGAUCCCUCAACGCCGCGCAAUGUCACCGCCCUUAUGGGCAAAUCGGCCUAUCUCAGUUGCCGUGUGCGAAAUUUGGCCAACAAAACGGUAUCCUGGAUACGACACCGUGACAUUCACAUACUCACUGUCGGCUCAUACACAUACACAUCCGAUCAGCGGUUUCAAGCCACACAUCAUCAGGACACCGAUGACUGGACGCUGCAGAUAAAAUGGGCCCAGAAACGAGAUGCCGGCAUGUACGAAUGUCAGAUAUCAACGCAGCCGGUGCGCAGUUAUUUUGUCCGUCUGAACGUUGUCGUGCCAACGGCGACUAUACUUGGAGGACCUGACCUUCAUGUUGAUAAAGGCAGCACCAUAAAUCUCACUUGCACUGUAAAGUUCAGCCCCGAACCGCCGGCCUACAUCUUUUGGUAUCAUCACGAGGAGGUCAUUAAUUAUGAUUCAUCAAGAGGCGGCGUGUCGGUAAUUACCGAAAAGGGCGAUGUGACAACCUCAUUUCUGCUUAUACAGAAUGCAGAUCUGGCCGAUUCGGGCAAGUAUUCCUGUGCGCCCUCCAAUGCAGAUGUUGCCAGCGUUCGUGUGCAUGUCCUAAAUGGUGAACAUCCGGAGGCAAUGCAAACUGGCUCAUCCGGUUGUCAGUACAAUUGGCUUACAAUUGUUCUGCUACUGAGUCUCGUGCUAUGCUACAGUCAUCACUGUGUGGCGGCCACAACAAGUGAAAGUGCAGCAACAUCAGCCGCACCACCACCACCAUCAUCAUCAUCAUCAUCAUCAGCUAUAGCAGCAGCAGCAUCAGCAUCAGCAUCAAAACGUCGCGCUGCCACAGUGUCAUCAACUGCGGUCAACAGCUGUCGCCAAGCCACAUGCCACGCCCAUGCUCACACUAACGCCAACGCCCACGUUUAUACCAAUGACCAUGGUCAUGUCCAUGUCCAUGCCAAACGGCUCUGCCACAGAUGAUCAAAUUGAGGCACUCACAACGACAACUAAACUAGCGUAAUUUAAGCAGCAUCCCAGCAGCACAUGAAAUGUCUCUGUCUGUGUGCGUGUGCGUGUGCGUGUGAGUAUGUGUGAGAGAGAUAAAGGUAUGAAAGUGAAACUGGAAAAUACAAAAUGGUAAUAAAAGUGUGUGAAUGUCUCUGUUUUAAACUGUGCUACCAAAAAUCAAAAGUAUAAAGAGAACAAAAUUGUUGAUAUG